AUGAGAAUAUAUUUCUCCGUGGACGUAGCCCAUUCUUUAAGGGUGAACCACGAUGACUUCAAUCUAGCACUUGGGCGUCCUCUGGUUACAGAGGUGUACGAAAUGGGUUUCUUUUUUACUUCAAGGGUACAAAAUGGGUGUCUUUAUACUUCAAGUGUACAAAAUGGGUUUAUACAAAUGCCAAAAUGGAGUCAUGAUUUUGUGCCUGUGGCUGAAGUUGUUCACGUACCUGAAGUUGUUGAUGUGCUUGAAGAUGUGCAAGUGCCUGUUGAACAGGCUUUGGUGGCAGAUAUUAUGAAGGCAAUUUGA